AGGCUAAACGGCCCCUCCUCUCCAACUCAUCCGGAGUCAUCCAGAUCCCACCAUUCAAAAUCUCUCCCAAAGAUACGAAAAGCCAAGUCCCAGAGUUUCCGUACUCGACGCAGUCCAUCGGAGCGUAGAAGUCACGGAUCAUCCUCACCGUGGAACUUCGAACAACGCAAAAGUCCAGUAAACAGUUUGCAGCAGCAGAUUCAGCAGCACAUACCCAGAUCACCCGGGAGUGCUUCGGCUCACCUCGAGCAUCGGAGUUCGAUCAGUUCGCAGAAAAGUCCUGCGUUAUCGCGACAGGGUACCCUGCGAUCAUCCCAUCGUCGAAAGAGUAGUCUGGGUGCGUCUCUGAAUCUGAACCAGGGACGGCGUAGUCCCAACAGCAUGCUAAACGACCGUAGUCCUCAGGGACGCAAAAGUCCUAACUUACUCAUAACCGACCAAAUGUACACGCAAAGCUUCCAGGUUCAUCUGGACCGCAAGUCUCCAACUGCCAUGUCCUUUUCCGGUCGACGCAGCCCAUCGGGUCUACGAAGCCCGUCCGGAUUACGUAGCCCGUCCGGGUUGCGAAGUCCUUCCGGGUUGCGUAGUCCGUCGGGACUUCGAAGUCCAUCCGGUCUCUGCAGUCCUUCCGGGCGUCGCAGUCCCCUAGGUUUCAAUCUACAAUCUGAAUAUUCUAACUUGCUGCAGGGUCAGUCGGAUCGGUUCAGUCCGAACUCCCUCAGCAGUCACUCAGCUCAGGAUCGUCGAAGCCCCACCACGCACAUCCCAUCCAGUGAACGCAGCCGAAGCCCCAUCGGCUUCCAGUCCCGAUACGGCGGGAGCUUCUACGGGGAUCGCUCGGCACGUACAAGCCCAACAGCACUUUCCAGUAUCCCUCCGAUUACCAUCUCGAAUCCAUCGGAAACCUACGAGAUCGUUCAGAAGUCGAUGGAAUCGGAGCGUAGUCCGCUGAAACCGGACGCUCCAGCAAUACCGUUGUCUACCUCUUCCCAAAAGCUAGCUGGAGCCACGACUCCCGGUUCGGCCAGUUCCAGCACAACGGCUCCGGAAAAGAAAGAAAAGACGAGCGUCAUGAAGGAAAUCCUGGCAUUCGUGCGGAAACCUUCGAAGAAGGUUACCACUAGGACGAGCAAGUUUGCGGCGGCCUUCUCGAGAGCCGAUUCCAACACGGGAGCGCCUCUGCUGCGGCAGAGUACCUUUUCCAGCAUUCAGAACUCAUCAAGUUGCGCUGGUCGCAACGCAAUCACGAAGCAGAUGUCUGAGAUCGGAUUCGAGCCGAUCAUGACUUCACUGAAACUGAAGGGGAUGGGGUCGAAGAUCUCGCUGAAAUCGUUGAGGAAGUUUAGCGGUGAUAAGAAGGACAAGAAGUCCAGUGGCGACGAGAUCAGUGACGUUGAAAGCAGCGACGGCGGCAAGAUAACGGGUGAAGCAAGCAACGUUGCGGAAGUUCCAUUCGAGCUGGAUAAUGUCAAGUUUGAGAAGGUUGGAGAAUCGUACAUCAAGCACGAUCAGAUCACAGAGGAGGAGAGUCCGCGAGGAUCGCAGGAAAGUGAAGAGGCGGAUGAUGGAAGAUUGAAGAUCACUCCGGUCAGCGAGAUUAAGAAGUCUUUGGAAGCUCUGUUCACAAGACAGGAACCGAUCGAUGAAGCGGCAGAAGAUGGGCGGAAGGAUUCCGAUGCGGUGCAAUGCCCCACAUUUGAGAUCGAGCCACCUUCAAGACGAGCGUCGUUUGACCCUCCACGAUCGCCAUAUCUGGAGAAUUUGAGAAGCCUGAGUGAUACAGACCACGAAGGGACUCACAACAGCCGGCUGGAUUCCGGAGGUGAUAGCUUCGAACUAAUUGAUACGACAGAUCGUCGCGGAGAGAGUAGCGUGAGUGAUCGCCACUCAUCGAUGGAUACCAGUUUCGACAUCAGUCGGUAUCAGAGCACUAGCUAUGAAGAUCAGAACUCGAGCUUUGAGCUAGUGGAACUUGACAACUCUCAACGAACAUCAGCGAGAGACGAUAAGACCUCUCCGUUCGACAUUAGGAAAUCUUCGAUCGAGUUGGUUGACGCGGAAACAUUCCAGCGAUCGUAUCCGGAAGGUCGGAAAUCCUCUUUGGAGACUCAUUUCGACUUGGCAGAAGGAUAUCAACAGACUAGUCCCCGAAGUGCAUUUACAGUCAUCCCUAAGGCCCGCAAGCAGAUUUCCGAACCAGGUCGAAACCGUGAUCACAAAGUCAGUAUGAAAACUCACUACUCCGCUCCACAUCGUGCAAAGUCGCCCCUCUCGAACCAAACAUCGUCCAACUACAGCUCCAGGGACAGCUACGACUCAAUGUUCGAUUCGUCGGCUCUCUUCGAGUUGCGCAGCCCGUUCUCCGAACGGGACUCGAGACAGCACUUCCCACUGCCCCGCAAGUCCUCCAACGAAUCCUCGUCGCGCUUCCUCUGUACCGAUAAACGUUGUGCCUCAAUCUUCGAACCUCGCCCGGCUCGUCUUUCCUCGACGCACCUGGACACGUCCAGCGGGAGCGAGUUCGAGCCUCCGUCUCCUCGGCGAGCAGCCAGCGCCUCACCGAAGCAUACCUUCACCUUCCGGAUCGUGCUGAAAAAGGUGGACAGCUCGCCGGAUGCCAUUUGUCCCUCGGCUGAGCGCCGGAUUGCACGGGACAAGCUGGAGAAGAACAAGCGACGCGACAGCCGCCGCAAGAAGCUACUGGAAAUCGGGAAGAGUUUCUAAGUAGGCGACGCACGCGAGUAAACAUGCGUUGGAUCCAAGCAAGCACUGACCUGUCGUGACGGGUAGUGUUGUCAUAGGUGACAAUGACAUACAAAUCAGGUUUUUCUACAAGUGAAAGCAUUUAAAUUUCAAUAUCUGUAUGUGUGUUACCAGAUCAUUCUAAAUCUUAUCUGUUUCAUAAUUUGUUACGUUUUUCAAGUAAGGACAAGAAAAAUCGUUAGUUUCCAGUGUUUUUAUGGUCUUUUAAAUAUGAUAGAUUAUUGAGCAUUCGAUAAAUUCAAAUAUUUCAAAUCAUAUGCAUAAUUAUAUAAACUUCAUAUGGAAUUUUACCUCAACCCCAAAGUUUUGAGCAUUUGCUUGAACUUCCACCCAAAUGACGAACUAUAUUGAUCGUAAUACUAAUAACAAAAUGCAGCAUAAAAUAUCUUUUGAAUUUUGACGUCCACUUACAAAGAUUUUGAAGUCACUCAAGCACUCAAUAACAGUCGGAAUACAACACAAAAACUUACGAAAUGGAAAAGUGUUCAAAGUAAUCCACUCAAUACCGGUAUUAAAGAAGGAAAUAUAUUCUUGCAUUCAAUAAAUGUUGUAACUAAUCCGAAGACAAACAUGUUAUUUUUUCUAAAGAACAUGGAAUAACUAACAAAGGGAAACAUAACGGGAAAAGGUUGAAUUUGCGAGAUUUUAAAUCAUUUGUUUUGUAACGUAAGGUGGAAAAUUUUCUUAAAUAGUAAAAAGGACAUUGAAUUUACGUUGGAGAGCAAUUCUUUAGAACCAUUGUUUCAUCGUAGUAGGCUGUUGGAAACGAAUCGUGAUGAGCUACUUGGAUGGUUUCUGUUUUGGGGUUUCAUUUCUAUCCUCGGGAGAAACUGUAUGGGAUCAAUAAAUGAAAGCAAGCUUUCGAAGGAAAUCACUUACAAUCAAAACAAGCAACACACUCAAACAAUAAAAGCGGAAACAAAAUCAAAACUCUAUCAAUCAAAAACUGUUUACAUUCUCUGAAUUCGAUUCGUUCGGGAACGAGAAAUCGUCAUCCGUUGAAACCAAAAGCUGGACAAUGGGGCCGUAUCGAGAAAAUAGCUAGCUACAUAUUAGCCAUCGCAGAAAAAAAAACAUGCCAAACUCGCUCAGCCGUGUACCCUAGAUCUCAUUACAUUUAAACUAGAGAGCAAAGCUUUCAUAAUCAAGCACUACAUAAGGAAAAAAAAUGUUUGUUUUCAAUGUCUAUCGAUAAUCUGAGUAUGAAUAUUAUUGCCACUAUAGGUAUCUGUUGCUAUAACAACCUAUCGCAUCCUUUGAACCCAAAUACAUAUGCAAACGCCCAGCAUGUCAAAUCAGAAAAAGCAAGGCCUUCUCCGAUCGAAUCCAUUUGUGCCAAAAUGAAAUGAAAACAGACAACCAAGUUACUUUGAAGUUAUCCUACUCAAAAGAAAGAAGAAAAAAAGUUAUCAAUGUCCUUUCACACAGUCAGAAAGUCAUGCGUAUUAUUCUCUUGUUAAAACAAAAUCGAUCCCUAUUUACACAGAAACAAUGACGACAAAAUCGUAUGAGAAGGAAUGUUAUGAUACAAAAAAAAAAACCUAAAAUGUGAAACAUUUGACUACCCUUAUAGUGACGGAUAAACCCACAUCAACUUUCAACAUAGGUGUGUUGACCUUAACCAAUUGAUUCAACAAACCUACCGGAGAGAUUCUGAAAAUGGUGACGAGAGAUGAUCAUGAAAACUAUUAUUACAAACAGUGAAAUUAUUAUUCCACUUAAGAUUUACACGCAUCCAUUAUUCGGUGUAUGUUGAUUAAAAAUACCUUACAAAAAUGGUG